AUGGAUAUCGCUGGAAGACUUUUUUCCAUUCAACAAGAAAUACAAACCGUGGAAAACGAGAAGCUGUUCGGUCAUGACUUUCUGGUUCAAAUCUUUCCGUUAAAAGAGGAGCGAGAACAGCCCUUACCUCGUCACACAUUGACUGUCGACCUAAAGAUAACCAAAACGAAGGUCGACCUCUUGCAAACCCCCGGAGAUGAAAGCAGCAAGGAUUUCUUUCGGGGUAGGCUUUCCGGAUCAGAUAGACCCGGCUGGAUAUUUCAUAACUUGGACUGCCAAUCCCUCCCCCUCUUUUUACCGUUAGAUGUAAAGGCUUGGCGGAGCAGUAGAGACUCACGCUUUAGCCGCUUCAUGGCCCAGAGAAAGAAUCCCCAGGGCUGUGAAAAGCUCUUCCCUCCGCGCCGGCGCCAGAGUGUGCUAAACCUUGUCCCGGCCCAAGCAGCUAGGACCACCAACAAUUGGUAUUCGCCCAUGGGCUCAGGCGCAAAAAUGUCAAAGACUCAAAAGGUUCUAAUAGUAGCUCGACCAAAGGGAGAGGAACGAAAGGGAAAGGACACCAAACGGAGACCUCAAGCCAAGGAGAUACCCAAGGUACAUGAUGCUAAGAGCAAAGGAGUUGCAUGUCCACCGCUUGUAGAGACAAGUAGGCUCCGGACGGUUUUGAGGUCAACAGGUAAGCCCAUCGAGAAGAAGGUCGGAACGGAACUUGAUAACUGUCGUUAUUGCGCGCCGAACCCUUUAAAGGCAAUCGAAGAUUCCUGCUUGCAUAGUGAGGGGAAUUGUAUCUUGGGACACUUUUCAGGCAAGCAUGAGGCAUUUGCCCAUAUUAUGGUCCGAUACAAAACCUCGCAGCAUCCUUAUUUAGAAUCAAACUUCCCUUAUGUCAUAACCCGCUGCAGGGAGACUUGCGAGCAUUGA